CUUGGUUUUGUGUGUUGGGACACUCUGUGGCCUUCCUCCUCCCUCUCCUUCCCCUAUUUAUCUCUCUCCUUCUCUCUCUCUCUCCACCACCCUCAAUUCAUCACGCCAUGGCCAUCAAACGCAGCGACGCCUCUAUCCCUGAGUGUUGCAUGUGCGGUGAUCCUGGCUUCUCUGAUCAACUCUUCCAGUGCAAAUUCUGUCAUUUCAGAUCUCAGCACAGAUACUGCAGUAGUCUGUUCCCCAAGGCCCGGUUCUAUGCCACUUGUAAUUGGUGUUUGAUUCAGACCGACCCGGUCGCCGACAAGUCCCCCAAUUCUUCUAAUUCCUCCUCGUCUUUCAAGGAUAACAGUGGCAACACCGCCGGCGAGAGCAGCAGCAAGAAGGCCAAGAACGGUAUCGAUCACGGUGCUCAAUUUAUUGGAAACAAGAGGGCAAUCCAACUGAGCAAACCCGUCAUCAGGAAACAGAGAUCGCCGGAGGUGAAGUCCCCACCUCCCACAUCGCCGCCGGUAUUGGUUUCGACCCGCAAGAGGAUCAUCACGAACGGCGAUCUGGAGGAAAGGCCGAGGAGGAGCAAAUCGGAGGAUAAGACCAACAGAAAUGGGAUCACAAAACAGGUUUUCAGGAACAAGGUCAGAAGAUAUAAGCUUUUAGAAGAGGUCAUCAGUUAAAUUCCAUGAACAGUGUUUUAUCAGAGAAGAAUACAGAAAAACCUCCACGAUUCCUGUUCUCUUGUGGGUUUUUCUCAAUACUUUUGCCCCCAUAAUACAAUGUACAGAAACACAGUUAUAGAUCAAAAAAUGGCCAAAAUUAGCAAGAGAAAGUAGGACCCAAUCAAUGUGUGAGAAUAGCAGUGUUUGCAAUAAACGGGACGGCAUCUUCUUUGGAAAGGAGAGAAAGCAAAGCAUGAAAUAGCAAAAAUGGUAAGCAUGAAUGAGAGAGUGAUGGGAAUAAUUAAGGUGUGGGGCUGGAAGUAGAACUGAGAGUGAAGAGAAGGAAAACGAAGGAAGGGACGUGUGCGGGAGGAUUGCCCAGGAAACACGUCUUUGCAUGAGAAAAAGUGGGGAGAGGGUUUUCGUGAAGUCGGUGGAAGCAUCUAACCCGAAAACGCGCUCUGAACUCGGCCCUUUGGGCCUUCCGUUCAUCAUUCGAGUUGACGACACGCAGAAUCAAUCAGUCACUGACUCGGAGCUUCUGUUCAUCUUCACACCAGUCGCUGCGAUUCCAUAUAUGCUUAAUCAUGCUUUUGCCGUUGGAGAAUAUUUGCGUGUUUUUGAUUUGAGGCAUGAGUGGAGAUUGCUCCGAUUCCUAGGAAACGAUAUUGUAAUAAUAAGCAUGUCUCUCAAGGCCAGGGAUUCUGUGGAAUAAGUUGACUCGGCAAUGUGCGUGUUGAAAACGAUCCAUUUA